GUUCAUUUCUGUUCUCAAUUUCAGAAUGUAGAACCGACAGGUAAACGACACAUGUUGGCCAUGGACGUGAGUGGAUCCAUGCAAUGUGGUGGGUGUGUCGGAUCACCCAGUAUUCAGCCUCAUGUUGCUUCUGCUGCAAUGGCGAUGGUACAAACUGACAUUGUAUUUACACCACGAUAACAUUAGGCCGUAUAUUAACCUUAAACAUUAAAGUUGCUAGUUGCUCAUUUCUGUUCUCAAUUUUAUUUUUAGAAUGUAGAACCGACAGAUAAAGAACAGGAUGUGCAGUGUGGUGGGUGUGUGGGAUCACCCAGUAUUCAGCCUCGUGUUGCUGCAGCUGCAAUGGCGAUGGUCACAGCUCGGACUGAAAAUGAUCCUCAAUUCGUCGCUUUCAGCCAGACAAUUGUUCCUAUGAACAUAAAUAGUAACAUGAGCUUGGAAGAAGUGUUGAAAGCAGCAUCUUCGGUGGCUAAAACAAAUACAGCCGAGGUAUUUGCAGUUUUUAAAUUUUCUAAAUUUUAUUUUGAAAUUUCGCUCAUAUGUAUAUGUACAUGAAUGGUAUUGGUAUGUAUAAAAUAGGUAAGCAAUUAUGGAGUCGGGUUGUCGAGCGGUUAGCACUAUUUUCCAUCCAGCAAACCGCCUUAUCGAUUUUCUAAAGUCGUUUCUUUUUGGAUUUUUUUUAUUAUUUAGGUUAGGGUUAGGGUUAGAGUUAGGAUUGUGGUUAGGGGUUACAGUAGCCUGCGUAAAGUGUAGGGGUUGGGUUUGGGUUAGUUACAUAGCCAUUUUACACCUCUUCCAUCUUUCGAAAAUGACAUCAGGUCAGUUUGCUGGAUGGAAAAUAGUUGUCGGUUGAGCUCUAACCGAAACAUAAAUACACACACAAACACACAACAACUAUAGAGAACUAUAUGAUAGUGCUGUGCGCCGGAGUUCAGCCGGAGCUCCGGCGGUUUUUCCGACGCCGGAUCCGGAGCAGAAUUUUGUAUGCCGGAGCCGCAGUUACGUAUUCCCGGCUCCGGCAAAAUGACAAGAAAACAAUAUGAAAUGAGACAAAUGUCAAACGAUUGUUAGUUACUGCAAACUGCCAAUUGCUGUUAAUGAAUUCAUCAUAGACUCAAACUGCCACAGCCCACAGGAACAGCGUCGAAAAGCUGUAAUACGAUCGCAACUUACAAACGUCAUGCUUUCAUGAAGCCAUCUGACUUAGCGCUACAUACUGUAGUCUGUGCAUUCAUGCCUUGUAGAUAACGAAAAAGUACAAAACAAAUAAAUAUCAACCUUUUGAAAAUGACAGAGUACUUUGUUUGCGUGCGAACAAUUGCGCUGUGUAGUCUGAGAGUGUUAGCGUCAUGCCUCGCGUCAUGCCUCGUGUCAAAGAUUUUUCGAGGCUGGAUUCCAUAUAGAUAUUUUCUGCGUGGUUAAGUGUUUUCACUCUUUUGUUUCCUGAGUUACGUUAUCUGAUAAUUAGGAAGCGCGAAAAGGGUUAUUCAUAAUAAUAUUAAUAAAUGUUCUCUGAUCGUAAAACAUUUAUUUAAUAUUUUAUGAUGUGGCCGGAGCCGGAGCUCAGAGCUGUAAUUCGGCCGGAGCCGGAGCCGGAGAUGAAAAUCCGGAGUUUGCACAGCACUACUAUAUGAUGGUUUGGUAUCAGUAACAGUCUAGGAGACCAAUUACUGCAGGCCCAGAAGACAAUUUCACAAAUAAACAAUACAAAGUAACUAAUAAACUAUGAAACUAAGAACAACAGUUUGUCGAGAUGGUUAAAGCUCUCGCUCUAUUGCAUCUUGGACAGAUAGUUUUAACAUUUCGUGAAUCUUCGGAUGCUGUAAAAUAGCCGGUAUAGCUUUUCAAUACAUUCUUGAAGGAGCGCAAGUUCUCCGUACUUACUUAAGUCUAAUGUGUCUGUCACUCUGUCAAGGUCUGGAACCAUAGUCUUUCGAGACAUGGUCAGUAAACUUUAUGUUGAGCCGCAGCCUAGUCCCAGGCUCUCUCUCUAAUCGCUGCUUUGAUAUAUUUAAAUAAGUCUUAAAAGUUUUAUGCCUGGGUGUGCUGUGCGGAACGCUUCAGCGAGAGAGCCGAGCAGAUUUCGGUAAAAUGGUCCCUGAUUUCAAAAAAGUGGUCCCUGGCCUGGUUACCAAGCAUACCGCAUUUGUAAAUAGAAAAUGUUAUGGAAAUUUCCUUUGCGUUUAUAAUUAUAAGUCAUUAGUUUUGCCCUAAUGCUGUCGGAACAAUGAAAUAGGUUACGUUUCAAUCGUAUACGGUCAUAAUGGAACAACGGGCUAAAUAUGACUCGUGUUUACUAAAAUAUAAAGCCAUAUUAAGUCUCCGACUAAAAAUGUUUUGACAACACAUUCAUGUCAGGCAAAUAUUUCCAAUCUCCUCAGAUACUUAAACCUGUCAAGUAGAAAGCGUAGUUGUGUAUACCAGUAUGGUCUAGUGUUGAUCACAGGCUUGCGAGUUUAUGAAUAACAUCAACGAUUAUACGACCAUUGCUCAGAAUCAGUAUUGUAAAUUUGUAUAUAUAUAUUUUUAAUUGAUACAGUUUGAAUAUGGUUAUGUAGACAUCGAACAUGAUCAACGAACAUUGUCGUAUUUACAAGGUUAUUUGCAUAUAUAAAUUUUCCGCCAUAUUAAAAAUGCUGAAAUCUGCUAGGCGUUCUGAAGCAUCUUUAACGGUGACGUCACACCUAGGUCCCAGUCUUGUACCACAUCCACGUUUUUUCUCGCGCUUGCUUCAGAACGACUGGGACUAGGCUGGUUGAGCCGUACCUUACACCGUGCACAUCCUUUGUUUUAGGUUUAUGUACUAUUUAAAUAGCAUGGUUGAAUGACUGAGCUGAAACGUUGCUAUUGGAUGAUUCGUUCAUUAUACUGAAAUACAAUGUGUUCAUUGACCGUGCACCGUGCACAAAACUGCAUAAACGCGAACAAAAAGAUAGAACAAAGACUUUAGCGGAGUUUCCAAGCCGGCCAUGUUUUGAAAGACUAUGGUGAAACAUGCAAAUUAGUUUCCUCAGAUAGUUACAGGUAAACUACGUCAAGCGUUCCUCUUUCUUGAGUUCCUAACUUGAUUGCAAUUUUCAGCAUUACCUUUGCAAAUGUGAAAAACUCCCUUGCAAACCCUUGACGGAAUUUGCAAUGUUUCUAAAAGCCAAUUAAAUUUUCCUCAAUUCCUAUUAGAAGUUUUUGACUUCCUGUUACAAGUUUCUAACUUAUUGUUCUUUUACCAGCGUGGAAUACUUUGACAGACACAUUAGACUUAAGAACGGAGAACUUGCGCACCAAUUCAAGAAUGUAUCGAAAAGCUACUAUUUUACAGCAUUGUAAUUGGCUAACAAAAAUAAUCCACCAAUGAUAACGCUCAGAACAAAACAGGAAAUCAGGAAAUUAAAACAGGAAGUUAGGAAAUUUGAAAGGAAGUUUCUCUGCAUUGGAAAACCGCAACAUCCGAUAGGAACAUUGCAAAUUCCCGCAAGGGAAUUGCAAGGGAGUUUUUCAAAUUUGCAAAGGUGAUGAGGAAAAUUGCAAUCAACUUAGGGGCCAUUCACAAAGGAUGUCCGGCCAAAUGAUGGAUUUUCAGACCCCCCCUCCCCCCCUUGUCCGGGAUUGUCCGAAUUAGUGAACCCCCCCCCGGACAUCCGCCAUGCCUCGCAAAAACUCACGCAACCUUGUAUAUAUCAAGAGUAAAAAACUUUUUUACUUUUAGAACUUUUUUAUAACUGUAAAUGUGAACACAAAAACAUAUAAAUUACUAAUUAAAACAAAAUCUAGUGUUAACCGCAUAGUCAAAAUGCCAAUUUCACAAUGGGAAGGACUGCUCAAAAUAGAGGGAAAAAGAAAUUUGUUUUUGAUUUUUUUUAAAUUUCGGACAUCCGGAUUGCUAACCCCCCCCCUCCCCCCCUGUGUCCGAGUUUGUCCUGAUAUUCCAAACCCCCCUCCCCCCCUCGGCUCGGACAUCCUUUGUGAAUGGCCCCUUAGGAUCUCAGAAGAGGGACGCUUGAGGUAGUUCACCUGUAAGGAACCAGUCAUUAUUUAUGGCCGGGGGGGGGGGGUGGCACCGAAGAGAAAAGGGUUUCGUGAACAAAUUUUUGAGUUAGAAAAAAGUUGGGUAAAUGAAAAAUGAAACAACUCAGAUAUUGAAGUGAAUCGUUCGGAGUUCGACUUUUUAAUGGUUAGAUGAACAUUUUUAUCAAGAAAAAUCUCUAAAGGGUUUUAGAGAAGGGAAAGAUGAAUACAUUUCACCCCAUAGCUAGGAAACUCUCUGAAGCCUCUGUAACCCAGGGUAAUCGUACUAUAGAGUGUGUAUAGUAGUUUUCAGUUGUUUAUGUUAUCUUCCAGAUCACCACGAGCAGCACAGACUGUGCUCAACCAAUGAUUUACGCACAGAGAAAUAACAUGAAGAUCGAUGUAUUUGUCGUGUACACAGACUGCGAGAUAGGGUUUGGUAGCGUGCACCCGAGUGAAGCUCUGAAACAGUACCGCGAGCACUCUGGUAUCCAUGAUGCCAAGCUGAUUGUCGUGGGCAUGACUUCAAAUGGUUUCACCAUUGCUGAUCCAGAGGAUCCUGGGAUGUUUGAUAUGGUUGGCUUUGAUUCUGCAGCUCCCCAAGUCAUGAGGGAAUUUAUACUGGGAAAUAUUUAGACAUUCAGUAUUCAUACAUUGAGUGGAAAAUAUACCUUUAAAUUGCAAAUACUAAAUGCCCUAUUCCAGGUUCAAAUGAAAAAUAAUGAUAGAAUUCGAUUCAGGGGUUGCUAACAAAUUGUUAAAUAAAGUAAUAAUAAAUAGUGAUAAGAAUGCUGUAUAAAUAGCUUGUAUCGUUGUAGUUCGUUUUGAUGAAUGAUGAAAACUUAUAGUAACAAUAAUCUUCAGUCGUCAUACUGUACGGAAUUGGAAAGAACUUCAUUUCAAAAUGAUAAAGCAACUUGUUUUAAGCUAAGGAGUAAGGAUUCUAGUUUCUUCGCCUUUUGGGAUUUUUCAGUGGUGUGCAAUUAAUUAAAUGACUGGAAUCAUGCUAACGCAUACAGUAAAGACUGCAACCUCGCAAGACAGGGUCUUUUACUUCCGCACGGCGCUGCAGCACCGUGCGGAAGUAAAAGACCCUCGCUUGCGAGGUUGUAAAGACUGUUGCUUAUUGUUAAAUAUCUUGGUGUUCAUCAAAUUAAAGACGAGAUUGUGAAUACCAUAGCAUAGGGAUAACGCGUGAUUUUCUGAAGAAAAGAAGACAUGACAUUUGUUCCGACAUAAAAUGUAAAUUACAACUUUGUAAUCACCGUGCAGCAGUAUGUAAUUGUCUUCAUAACUUGGGUGAGGACAAAAAAUAUAUCUGAACUUUUGUGAUCUGAACAAUAUUUUAAUCUUGGCAAAACUGGUGUAGUCUACACAAAAUAAAUCACGGAAAGCAUGCAAACACC